AUGAUAGGUUCGACUGCCACUACGGCUGGCAGCGGCCCGUCAAAAUCGCCUUCAUCCGAAACAGUGACGAUUGGUGUGACGCCAGUAGAGAGCGCCGUGUCGCUGCGCUCACCGGUGGACACGCUGGCUCGAGCGCAGAAGCUGCCGCAGGCCUUUACCACCUCGCUUUUGAACCUCGAGGUGAAGGUGCUGACGCAGGCUCUCGGCGCGGAGAACCAGUGGGCGGAGCAGGGCGACGGCCGUGUUGCAUUUUGCGACUUUACCAUCCGUGUCGUCGCGCCUGAGGUCAGUAAGGAGGCGCAGAAGGAGAAGGUGGCUGAACUGACGCCCUCUGGUGUCGCUGACGCAGCCGCGGUGCACGGAAACGGCGACGUAGGGGCUGCGACACGGAAGAGCACAGCCGCUCCGAAUGCGUCGGCACUCUCGAACACGGUCUCUGAGUUUGACGAGGAUGACACAGCGGACGAGAUGAUCAUUCUCGAAGACACCAUCAGCAGCGACACCCCGUUUGUUGGCGAGAAUUGCUGCAUUGUGUGGAACAGUUUUGAAAAGCAGCUCUCUCUGUGUCUUAUGUAUGCCUCAGAGGAGGGCUACUCCGCGUCAUGGAGCGCGCUAGUUGCGCUGCAAGACAAGAGCUAUCCAGCAUUUCGCUUUGACCUCUUAGAGCGAUGCCGGCCAGUCAGUGAGCAGACGGUGCUGGCACCGGGUGCCAGCACGUCCUCUACCACCUCAUCCACGGCGGCGACUGACAGAACAGAGGGGGUGGUGCUUCCAUACUCGUACUUCAUCCAUGCGAAGUAUGACCCCCCACUCGGCUUUAUUGAGCAGCACGCGCUGUCCCUCUCCAUCAUUGAGCACCGUCAUGGGACAAACCGAGCCCUCUACGCGGACAAGGAUACGGUGCUGAUAAUGCUAAGCAUGGGGAACGCUGACUUACUCGACUGUCUCAUAUCAGAAGCCACAUUUCCGCUGCUUCUCUCGGGGCUGCAGUGUGCGGCGGAGCCGUUGAGCUGGUCGGUGCCAGAGCCACUGCAGCUGCUACACAUCCCUGAGGAAGUCACCAAUCUUAUCCGAAAGGACCGCUGGAUCGGCUUUUUGCAAGAAACGGUUUUUCCGAGUUGCGGCGCCGCAGACUUGGUUGCUGAGCUGCCCACCAAAUUCGCAGCCAUGAGUCGGAGAAUUCGAAACGACAUUGUGUGCUUGUUGCUCAGCUGUGACAAUUUGUUCUCAGAGGCUUGUGAGGCGCUGCGGGUGAUGCCUCCGGUGAUGUCCGGUACGAUGAGCGGUGGACCGAGUGCGCGCAGCCGCGUUCCGUCCAGUGAAACCUCGUCGAGCGCGACCUCCUUCAAUUCUGAGGGACGUAGUAACAUGGGUGCAGUAUGGAACGGCGCACCGUCACCCUCGUCCACACCACCGGCGAUGGACAUCAUGUCCCUGGCGCAAAAGGCGGAGCUGCAAGUUCUUGCUCACCUACGCUUCUUCCGAGAACUCGUCACCCUUAGCAUUGCCGAGCUCGGGCGUGAGAUGGUGGGUCCAAUUGUGGGCAAGAUUUAUCACAGCGGUCUGCUGGAGCCGCUUUCCCUCGUGGCGGAACGGUUCGCGAUGCCGAGCGGAACGGCAGCGGCGUUCGUCAAGCAUGUUAUGGACAGUAGUGGGGGCGGAGUGAACGGUGCUCGGCGCUGCGGCGGUGGCGGUGCCGCCUCCAACUCGAGCAGUGGCGCCGCUGAUGGGACAAGCAGCACCGCCAACUACUACUCGCUCGUUGUGGAGCAGGAGCUAGCGGCAGUUCUGGACGUCACGCUCGUGCGGCUGAAUGAGCGGCAGGAGGAGCAGCUGAUGAACGAGCACGUACGGGCGCCGAUCUUAGCGGACCCCGUCAAGUACAACGGCAUCGUCACAUUCAUGCUACGGCAGCUAAUUGUGAGUGGGACUACCGGGGCAGCCUUGUCGACUGGCCUCCCUGGCAUCAGCACCAACGCAACUCGCCCGACUUACUCUACCUUGACGUCAUCGAAGCGUAUCCUUCGAGACAGCAUGUCGUCCUCCAACCCAUUAGUGCUCUUUCACGUCCUGGGCCUCCACGAUGACGAGGGGUCUGCCACGUCGGAGCGCUUGCUGGACGCCGAGAGCACUGACAUCCGCAAUCGUUUUCACAACUUCAUAAUCACCAAGUACAUUGCCCACGCCACACGUGGCCUCAUGACACCGGUGCCGCUGCCCCCCUCCCUCAGCGGCGUUGUCGGCCCUGCCCGCAACAUUCCUAUCGUGCAGUUUAGCAACGUCAGCGCGACGCAGAAUAUCGGCGGCAGACCUGUGCAUCACGACGGUAACGGUGGCGGCGCCGGGGGGGCGGCGGUUGUGGCGUCGAACACCGGCCCGGGAUCUGGCGGGGGCGGUGCGGUCUCGCCGGUGUUACCGCUGCCACAGGGCAUCACCCCCGCGCUAGUGCGGGUACUCGAGUACAUGGUGUCCCUCACCAACAACGCGAAUCGUGAGUUGAUGCUCAAAACUGUCUUCCACUACAAGUCCCACAUCUGGCAGUUCAUCGAAGGUGUGUGUGACACCCUGUGUGGUGCGAAUGGAGCUGGCGCCCGGUGCCAGGUCGGGCUUGAUGUUCUGUGUGGUUGCGUACGCUUUCUAAAGGUCAUUGUGAUGCAGAUGACGGUGGUAACAGCAGAGGCGGAUGUGAAUCCGCUGUCGUCGUACGUGCCGUCGCGUGAGGCGUUGUCGCCACAGCUUAUCACCACGAUUUGCCGUCAACUCACCGUGGAGAGGGACACCUUUGGCUACCUCCUGAAAGCCUACAACCGGCUGGGUGGGCUGCGUCGCAAUUCCGUGUUCCACUCAAGCUUGCGAGCGGUGCUUGACCUCAUAGGCAAGUGCUCCACUCGCGAGCCGGAGGAAAGCGCCACAAACAACCUACGUGACGUCCGAAACUACCUCUUUUUCAAGCAUCUUACGCAGCUUCCGGAAGUGUUCGCUUGUCGUUACCGCGAAGCUCUCCUGAGCGAAGUGACGGUGCGCCUUGGCCAGGAGGCGACGCACUCGCCUAACGACAGUGUCUCGGUGCUCAGCAGCACUGCAGGCAGCGAUCUGACUCGCUGCUCUAGCAAACUUCGCUUUGUCGACGAGCUGGAAGCGGUAUCAGGCGGCGUGGAUGGCACGGUGGUGCCCAGCAGUGUCGUGAGUCCUGCCAUCAUGGUGAGCAUGGCGAAUGCGGAGGAAAAGCAGCGGAAGCGCAACAUCCGCUCAUCGGUCGAGCAGUCGAAUAUGAUAGCCAACUAUGUAGUGGGCCCACUACCACAAGUGCGUACCCUGACACCAUUGGCCUUGGCGGAUGCCCAUGGUGGGCGGACUUCUCCCUCAUUCUCGCCAUCGGAUCGCGUGAGCCCACCGUUGACGAUCAGCAUCACCUGCCCAAGUAGCAGCGGCAGCAGCAGCGAAGGCGGCUUCCACGCGCCAGUUAGUGAUUUGUUCAAGAUAAACGCCACGCAGCCCAAUGGUUCUUCGGCGCAUGGCGAUGGGCCGCUUGGUCAGGUCGGCCCCUCUAGUGCAGCUGGGUCCAACACCCGGGAAACAGAGACGGUGCUGCAGCCGACCGUGCCGAGGGAGGAGAAGCCGCCGGGACGUCCUCGAAACUUUGCGAGCGUCCUCGAAAAUUCCUCACGCACGAGCACCGCAGUGUUUGGCGAGCAAGUUGGCCGGAGUCGAAGCAUGGCAAGUACCACAACAAGGGAUGCGCCGCCGCUAUCAUCGCCGGAGGUGUUGUUGAGCAAAUCUGGCAACAGUUCCGUUCCACAGUGGCUGGAGCGUACCAACGAGAUUGCCUCGCCGUCCAAUGACAACGUAGUUCUUCCCAAGAUCAAGAAGCGCCUUUCAACUAACGGAAAGCGCUCGUGA